CUCCAUAAAUGGAAGAAGAAGCCCGCCAUAAUAAACCCCACCCUCCUCCUCUUUAUCCCUCCUUCCCUCGCGACUCCCGCGGCUCCCUCGAAAUCUUCACCCCCUCAACCUUCACCAACCAACCCCCUCCCGACACGUGGCACUCCCCAAGGCCCAUCGCCGCAGCCCAGCGAGUCCGCCCAGAGUGGGGCCUGAUCCUGAACACGGACUCCGAGACCGGAAAGCCCAAGGGAGUCUCCGCCCUGGUCUCGGACGAGAAGAAGAGAGGAUCCAAUGGCUCUUAUCGGAGCUCCGAAGAAUCCGACGGAGGCGGAGGAGGAGGACGGAAGGAGAGGGUCGGGAUGCCUAGGGUUUCGGAGGAGCUGAGGGAGGUCUUGUCGGCAUUUCAACAGUCAUUUGUUGUGUGCGAUGCGACGGAGGGCGAUUAUCCUGUGAUGUACGCGAGUGCUGGGUUUUUCAAGAUGACUGGGUAUUUGGCGAAGGAAGUUAUUGGGAGGAAUUGUCGGAUUCUUCAAGGUCCUGAAACUGACACUGCAGAGAUUACUAAGAUAAGAGAAGCACUGGCAGCCAGUACAAACUAUUGUGGUCGCAUCUUGAACUAUAAGAAGGAUGGGACACCCUUCUGGAAUCUAUUAACUAUAGCACCAAUUAAAGACGAAGCAGGAAAUGUUCUUAAGUUCAUUGGGAUGCAAGUUGAGGUCAGUAAGCACACAGAAGGGUCUAAAGAUGUGAUGGUUCGUCCGAACGGUCUACCAGAGUCUUUGAUUCGAUAUGAUGCUAGACAAAAGGAGAAUGCCCGAAGUUCACUCUCAGAGCUCGUCCAGGCUGUGGAGCUGCCUGGUGCACUUGCAGACUCAACAAAUCAAACAUUUAGAAGGAAAUCUGAAGGUAGUGGAGAUGAGUUGAUAACUGAAGCUUCUGGAAGGAAGACCUCAGAAAAUAGUUCAACUGUUAGAGGCAAUUCACGUAGCAAUAUGAGAAGUUUAACGCAUAAGAUGAAUGAGAUUCCUGAAAGAGUCAAUAAAUGGAAAAAAACAAGUCUCUGUACGCUUAUGGGACUUCUUGGAAUUGGUCUGGCGAAAAUGGAUAAGAAUGUGGAACUAGGUCCAUCAGUGGAAUUUGAUGAGGAAAGACCUGAGAGUUUUGAUGAUAAAACAAGGAAAAAAGAGAUGAGAAAGGGUAUCGACCUUGCGACAACACUUGAGCGUAUUGAGAAGAACUUUGUCAUUACUGAUCCAAGAUUGCCUGACAAUCCUAUUAUAUUCGCAUCAGAUAGUUUUCUGGAAUUGACAGAAUACAGCCGGGAGGAAAUACUUGGAAGAAAUUGCAGGUUUCUCCAGGGCCCUGAAACUGACAGAGCAACUGUGAGAAAAAUAAGAGAAGCAAUCGACAACCAGAAAGAUGUAACUGUGCAGUUGAUAAAUUAUACAAAAAGUGGGAAGAAGUUCUGGAAUCUUUUUCAUCUACAACCAAUGCGUGAUCAGAAGGGUGAAGUCCAGUACUUCAUCGGGGUUCAGUUGGAUGGUAGUGAAUAUGUCGAGCCACUUCACAAUUGUAUACCAGAGACUACGGCAAAUGAGAGUGCAAAGCUGGUAAAACAAACUGCCGAAAAUGUUGAUGAGGCUGUCAGAGAACUUCCGGACGCUAAUUUGAAACCUGAAGAUCUAUGGGCCAAUCAUUCAAAGGUGGUUAUUCCAAAGCCUCACAAGAAGGAUAAUUCAUCAUGGAGAGCUAUCCAGAAGGUGCUGCACAGUGGUGAAAAUAUAGGUCUGAAACAUUUUAGACCAAUUAAAACCUUGGGAUCUGGCGACACUGGCAGUGUGCAUUUGGUUGAAUUGUUGGAAACCGGGGAAUAUUUUGCGAUGAAGGCUAUGGAUAAGAAUAUCAUGCUUAACCGCAACAAGGUUCAUAGAGCUUGUGCUGAAAGGGAUAUACUUGAUUUGUUAGAUCACCCUUUUCUUCCCACAUUAUAUGCAUCUUUCCAGACUAAAACACACAUAUGUCUCAUAACUGACUACUGUCCUGGUGGAGAGCUCUUCUUACUACUAGACAGGCAACCUUUAAAGGUCCUCAAGGAAGAUGCUGUCAGAUUCUAUGCUGCAGAAGUUGUUGUGGCACUUGAGUAUCUUCACUGUCAAGGUGUUAUCUAUAGAGACCUAAAACCAGAAAACAUCCUGCUGCGAAGAGAUGGACAUGUAUCUCUGACUGAUUUCGAUCUGUCAUGUUUGACGUCUUGCAAACCAGAGCUUUUGCUCCCUUAUCCCGAGGACAUGAAAAAACAGAAGAAAGGAAGAACUCCUCCAAUUUUCCUGGCGGAACCAAUGAGAGCGUCAAAUUCCUUUGUUGGGACUGAAGAAUACAUUGCACCAGAGAUUAUAUCUGGAGCUGGUCAUUCUAGUGCAGUUGACUGGUGGGCACUUGGCAUUCUCCUACAUGAAAUGUUCUAUGGAUAUACCCCAUUCAGAGGGAAAACAAGGCAAAAGACCUUUGCCAACAUUCUUCAUAAAGACCUCAAAUUUCCUGGAAGCAUUUUGGUUAGCGACCAAGCAAGGCAUUUAAUGCAUCGUUUGUUGCAUAGAGACCCUAAAAAUAGGCUGGGUUCCUCUGAAGGUGCUCAUGAGAUUAAGAAGCAUCCAUUUUUUAAUGGUAUCAAUUGGGCUCUUGUACGGCGCACGACCCCUCCUAAGCUCGACGCACCAUUAUCUUUCGAUAUUGACAUUGAGAAGGAAGUUAAGCCUGCUGAUCCUCAACUUGUGGAUCUCCAAGAAAAUAUAUUCUGAAAGAUGUGACAGGUUUUUACUACUGCUUCUCCCAAUAAGGGACAUUGAAGAAAUAUUCAAGGAUCAAAUUUUGUAUUCGUGUAACUUUAGAGCAUUUGUUAGCAGAGACCAGAAAUAAUUUAUGUAUUGUCAAUUUAAUUUCUUUCCAGUGAUAGUGCUUACUUCUGUAUUAGAUCGUAUCAAGCAAAUAAUUGAGAUGCAUCUUAAUUUUGGUUCCUCUUGUAAA